CUCUCUCCCUCUCCUCCUCUUGGUGCUUCAACCACAACGCUGACGGGGUAUGUACUUGCUUGUUCUGGCCCCUACCUGCUAUAAGCCACCUAGUUGUUAAUUUUAUUGUAUUUUACCUUACAGAUGGGCCAAAGGCUCGGCACGAGUGUGCGUUUGCUCCACUGAUGAAGAUCCAACAAGUCGCUUUGUUUUAAAGUUGCUCUUUGUUGCUCGAGCUACACUACUCGCAACUUCGCUUUUAGCGUGCCUGUAGCAAACAGGAAGCGGAUAGUGUGUGGGGUUUUUCUUUGUUUAAUAAUUUUGGGGUUAUUUUGAUUUUCUAAUUGAGAUGAUUUGUCUGAAUUAUUAUUUUGAUAUUUGUUAUAUUUUGAGUAUUUUUGUUGAAAUAUAUUGUUUGGGUUUUGUUGGUAUAUUUGUGUGCUGACCUUUCUUUUGGUUGUUUUGUUUCAGUUAGUGGGUCAGUCACAGUAGUUUUCUUUCAUUCUUAUUUUUCUUUGUUCUUCAUUUUUAUAUGGUUUCAUGCUGCUAACUGUUCCUCUGCUCGCUUACUUCCAGGUGCUGAGGACCUCACUGGUGACCUGCCCCCCCUGUUUUGGUGAUGGUGUCCUAUCGUGUGUAGUGUCCUUUCACUCCUUUUUGGCUUUGCCCUUGUGUGUGUGUGUGUUUAGUGUUUAACAUGUGGAUUGUGGUGCUCCCCUUUUAGUUGACGCCUUCACUCCCCCCUCACUCACCUUAAUCAUAGUGGCCCCAGCCCUGGAAGAAGCCCAGUUCUUAUCUCAGUCUAAAGGAAAAAUACUUUAUUUUUAGGGUAAAUGCCCAGUGUUUUCUUUAAUAUUGAUGAAAUAAACUCUUGUACAUUUUUUUUGAUUGGAAACACGUCUCCUGCCUUUUCAGUAAAGCGAACUUGUGUUGUCCUUGGUUUAGAAUAUUUAGUUUAUUGCUUUAUUCACACAUUUACUUUUUUGUUUUCUUCUUUCCUCCUCCCCCCCCCCCCCCCCCCCCCCCUUCAGGGUUAAACCCUGGGGUGGCGUUGUUGGUUUUGGUUAUUUGUUUGAUUUGAGUUAACUAUAAUUCAAGUAUUCCCUCGCCCACCACACUAGUAUGCUACAUAGAUAAAACACUUGUCUGGAUGGAGAUGGUUUUCGUUAUAAAACACUGUUUUAAAAUGAAAACACUAGUGUGGACGUGGACAAAGUCGUUCUGACUGCUUUGCUUGUGCUGUGAAAACUGCUCAGACAUGAGUGGUGUGUGUUGUUGAAGUGAUCAUCUUGAAGAACAGGCUGGAGUGAUCAGGUGUUACUCUGCAGGCCUAAGUCAGGCAAAGGCUUCGUGAAAGAACGGAAACAAAAUGAGGCAGUCAUCACUGUCAGGCAGUGAACCUCUGCCCCUGCGCUUUAUGCUUUUAUAUACUGUAGUUGGUUGGAGCAGCUUUUGUGGUUUUCAACAAGAUACUUUCAUACAGAGCGGACACAUACAAUGACACACACCGCUGUGAGGUUGAGACCAAACACCAUUAAUUGUAAAAUAAGAUUUAUACAAUGAUUCUAAAGGUUUGUUUUUCCUUUAGCCCAAACACUUGAGAUUAAACAUUGGAAACUGUUGAGGCUUUGGUUCUACUAGACCUCUGCUGCCUCCCCAGUACAGAGGAAGUGGACAGAAUCUGGGUGUGGUGCUCACAGCACUGAAAAGUAGCAUUUACAAAACAAAGAAACAACAAUUGGUAUUCCUAGAAAAAAAUUUAAAUUUUUUGCAUCUCAUUAUCAGUCCAAUAUUGUGUCAAAGUAAAUUUUAAAUUCAUUGUGAAUGUUUUUAGCCAUGCUGACAGGAUGGCUCUGUGGUGAUGUUGGUCAGUCCAACACUUAGGUCCAAACUCACAUAUGUAUUGGAUGGACUGGUGUGACAUGUUGUACAGAGAGACCGUCCUCAGAGGAAGAAUCACCCUGACUUUGAUGAUCCACUGACUUUCUGUGUAGCACCAGCAGCAGGUCAGUGUUCACUGAACUGACUCAGUGAAGUACACACAUUUAUUUUUCACAAAUUUACAAGCUAAUGCAGGAAACUCUUUUCAACUCUUGUUCUUCAUGUCUUUCACCGUGUAAUUCUCAGAAACUAAACUUCACACAAUGGGUUGCUCUGAACAUGUGAUCAAGUUUCCAAAUUUGGACAUGCAGUGUCACUUCAGUCGGCCAAUCAAACGCAGUCUUGUCAAAAGUGAACAAAAGAUCAAGAGUCUUUCCACUCAGCCAGAAAAUUCGAGCGCGAUGACAUCUGCACAGUUUGUCUUCUGCCUGACAUGUUUGUUCUUGGGGAGAAUGGUUCAGGCGACUGAUCAGAAAUUCUCCUCAUCUGUUCGUCAAGAGAGAAGUUUUGUAUCGGCUAAUGUUGGUGAAAGCUUGACUUUACAAUGUUUCUUUGACAAUGAUGAUUUACCAAGGAUUUACUGGUACAAACAAAGUGUGGGACAGAAACCAAGGCUCAUCUCGACCCUAUUUGCUUUUAAUAGAAAUGGAAGUUUUCAUGAUGAAUUCCAGAAUGAUCCACGUUUCACUCUGGACAGUGGAAUUGGUAAAAAUCACUUAAAAAUAACAGAUCUCCGUAUAUCAGACUCAGCUACUUACUACUGCGCCAAGAAAAAUUCAAUUGUUAUUGAAUUUGCUCAGGGAGCUACUGUCAGUGUGAAGGGUUCAGGUUUGAACAUCCAGGCUUCGGUCCAUCAGUCCGGAUCUGAGACCAUCCAGCCAGGAGGCUCUGUGACUCUCAGCUGUACAGUACACACUGGGACCUGUGAUGGAGAACACAGUGUUUACUGGUUCAAAGACUCUGAAGAAUCUCAUCCAGGACUCAUUUACACUCAUGGAGACAGGAACGAUCAGUGUGAGAGGAAACCUGAGACACAAACACAAACCUGUGUCUACAACUUGCCGAUGCAGAGGCUGAAUCUUUCUCAUGCUGGGACCUACUACUGUGCUGUUGCCUCAUGUGGACACAUACUGUUUGGAAACGGGAACAAACUGGACUUUGAGUAUGAGGAACACUCUCUUGUCUUGGUGUAUUUCUUGAGCGGAGCUUUGGCAUUCACCACCAUCCUGGUUGUUUUACUGGCUUCCUUCAUUUACAAGAUGAAGAAAACCAACAGCUUCCUAUCAGAGUCACAAACAAGAUCUUCAUCCUCCAGAGCAGAUAGAGAGGGUUACCGAGAUGCAGACAAUCUCCAUUACGCUGCCUUAAAUGUGAAAGUGCCCAACAGAUCAAGCAGACAGAGGGACAACACCAAGACUGAAUGUGUGUACUCCAGUGUUAGGCAGUAGAACUGGACGUGUUUCAUUUCUACUUUGUGAUUUUAGUGUGUAAUGUACAUUUAUAUGUAGAUAUUGAGAUAAAUAUCUUUUAAUAUUCUUCUUGUUGUGUGGGAUGUGUAAAGUUUCAGAUAUGGAUAAAGAACAGCCCAAAUAUGCUGAAAGAGAAUCUGAUGAAUAAAUUCAUGUUUGUGGAGAUGAUAAAUAUCUCACAGUAGUUUAUGCAUAAUAGUGCACAAUUUUGUCACAGUAAACACCUGCAGUUAAAUACCAUGUAGUGUUAUGAAUAAAAUGAGGGAAUAAAUCUAAAUGCUAAUGGUAUGUUAUCCUGUUACCAUUACACUGCAUCAUUUACUACAUAAUAAGUUGAAUAACUAAGUUUAGAAAAACAGUUUGAUGUUAUUUGAUGUCUUCAUUAGAAGAUGGCUUUUACUGUGCAGCCCUGACCAGGCUGCAUGCAUAAGUAACCAUACUGCUGACACUGUGCUGGAAGGCACAAAGAGGACUCGUACAGUCAAGGCCUCUGUUUGGUUUGCUCUUAUAGUCGCUAUGUAAAGUUGUUAACCUCAUGCAGCCCAGUCCCCAAAGAAAAGUUUUGUCUUAAUGUUUUGAUGUGUUUUCUUUAAGGUUAAUAAAGCGUAGGAGAUAAAGCCUGACUCUGACCCCUGUCCAUCUGCCACUUGUAAGAGAAGAUUACUGGUUAGUCGCAUCGUCAACCUCAGCUGACGUAGGUGACCCCCAGAGUUAUUUACUCUGGUGUGAGUUUGUAAUUGGCCCUGUUGCAACAGGUUAUAAG